CUUGCUUUACCAAGUACCGUACGCGUUCCUCUAUCCAUUCACUUCUUGAGUCAGAGGAUGCCCUCCUCUGUGGGAUCACCGAACCCUACCGAGCCCUGGAGCUUCUUUCAAUAACUGUGAUUGCACCCGAGAACACACAGCGGGUACAUCAAUCUGCUCACAAGGCCGUCUUUUCCCGAGACGAUGGCACUCCGUGCUCCGUGCGCCCAACUCCUAGGUACUGCUCUCGGCUCCGAUGGAACUGGUAGUCUCGAGCCCCCGGUGUCUUUGGAGGCUCGUGGUGCUCAUCCGAUCUUCACUGGGGCUUCUGGGAAGCCUCGACACGAUACGCGUUGGAAUCCAGCCCUGGCGUCCGAAUGGGUAUGUCGUUCUAUCGAACAGGCAGGGAACACGACGUGCAUACUAUCUAUCACAUUUCGCUCCUUCCCCUUUCGAAACGGACCGCCGCGUUCCGCUGGAUUGAUGAGACGAUAACCUAGGUCGCACAAGCGGCCCCACAUAUCACUCUUCUCAAUCAAAUGGGAGUAUCUGCGUAUAAAUGGGCUCGCCGCAUCGCCCCUUCUCGGAGAAAGUGCAAUGUUCUCAUUCGCAACUAGUGCAUUGCUGCUUGCUGCUGCUGGGUCCGCCCAGGCCUCGCUCGCGCCGAAGAAAUUCCUGCCCAUUCCGCUCGGUGGAAUUCGUGCGACGGGAUGGCUGCAAGACCAGUUGAUGGUCCAGACGAACGGUCUCGCGGGCCACGAGCACGAAUUCUACCACUACGUCUCGCAGACUGACUGGAUGGGUGGCAAUUCCUACUACUCGAGUCUCGAAGAGGCCGGUAGCUACUGGUUCAACGCGAUGGUCCCGAACGGUUUCCUGGCGAACCACGAUGCCAUCAACGCCAGAACGUCCGCCUUCCUGUCGUAUGUCCUCGACACGCAGGAUGCGUCCGGCUGGCUGGGUCCCGAGGUCAACACCAACAAACCGCGCUACCUCUGGGGCCGCUACCCGUUCUUCUUCGGUGCCAUCCAGAUGACCGAGAUCCACCCGGAGCUCACCGCUCCGGUCGUCGACGCGCUGUACAAUUUCACGAGCCUGGCCAACACCAUGCUGCACAGCGGCAACAACACGGGCGUCGAGAUCUGGACCGCGACUCGCUGGGAGGAUUUCGUGAUGGUCCUGCAGUGGCUGUACGAUUAUCAUCCCAAGGACGCAGCCAGCCAGGCGCUCCUGAUCGAUACAAUGGCGCAGCUGAAGUACACCGGGGUACCCUGGGAGAAGGUGUUUCUGCCAGAGAAUUCUAGUAUUUCCCCACCUCGGCUGGCGAUGGAAAACACGCCCAACCCGCUUCCUGUUCUGACAUGGCACGGUGUCAAUAUGGCAGAAGGACUGAAGGCACUACCCGCCACGUACCGAUUCACUAAGAAUCAAUCGGAUUUGGAUGUUGCCAGCAAGGGCUGGGAUCUUCUCUUCCAGUACCACGGCCGACCUUCCGGGAUCUUCAAUGCUGACGAGUAUCUGGCUGGUUUGGAGGCCAUCCGUGGGACCGAGCUCUGCGUUGUCGUCGAGACCAUGUUCUCCGGCUCCUACUUGUACCAGGUCAUCGGAGACCCCAAGUUCAUCGACCGGGUUGAGCGGAUCGCGUACAAUGCGCUUCCUGCGACACUUACGGGAGAUAUGUGGAACAGACAGUACCUACAGCAGCAGAACCAGAUCUUUGCCGGAAACAUGAGCCAGAACCCAUUUGCCGUGGACGGACCGUACUCGAACGUGUUUGGCCUCGAGCCCAACUACCCAUGCUGCACGGUCAACCACCCCCAAGGAUGGCCCAAGUUCAUCACAAAUUCGUUCGCGACGACGCCGGACAUGAAGUCGCUGGUCCACACCUACCUUGGCCCAUUCUCUACUUCGAUCACCCUCGCGCCGUCCAACCCAGUCACCGUCAACGUGGACACCAUGUACCCGUUCAGCGACACGCUGACCACGACCAUCACUGCGAAAUCGCCCUUCACAUACUACGUCCGCAUCCCCAGCUGGGUCGUCAAAGGCACCAUCGCCGUGGACGGCGGCAAGCCCGCCGCCGUUUCACCGAAGCAGGGUCUGCACGCCCUCAAAGUGAAAGCUGGCACCACCAAAUUCGUCUUGAAUCUGCCUGCUCCCAUCACCAUCGAGUCGCGCCCGCACGGUUCCGUUGCUGUCCACAGGGGGCCUCUCAACUAUGCCUUUGACAUCCCCCGGCGCACGACUAUUCUGGCGAACAACACGGCCCAGGCCAAGGCGCAGGACUUUGAAUUCGACGCCACUGCAGCCUGGCAGUACGCGAUCGAUCCGAGCAGCCUCAAGUUCGCGUCGAAGCCGCCUGCGUCCGGAGUGCUGCCCUCCCCGAUCUUCGACUCGGGUUUGACCCCGCUCAGCAUCACCGCCACAGCGUGUCUCGUCGACUGGGCCAUCGAGGGCCCGACGUUCGCCGCCAGCCCCCCGACGAACCCGCCCUGCGUGGGAAACAAGACCACCAUCACGCUGACUCCAUACGGGUCAACCAAACUCAGAAUCAGCGAGUUCCCUGUGUUUGUCUAGUAAUGUACGCCGCAUAGAUACAUGGAAUGUAUCAGCCAGUCAGGCUGCAAUUGCCUUCAUAAAUGAUCAGUCCCUCCGUGUCCUGUCGGUAAAGCUGCAGACACAUCAACACAGCGACAACACAAACUGCGAGCAUCACAACCCGCAGGGCUUCGGUGGGCGUCAUUCGGCAACCUUUCGCUCCCAGGCCGUGCGCCAUAUCCCUACCGCCAGACUGCACCGCUUGCACGGGUCUUGAAAAGGUGAACAGAUCGCCUCGGUAGAACAUACUAAUGGACUUGCUGAUAAGCUACUCCGCUUCGUCUUCUGUCGAGUUUGUUGCUUUGGGUUUGCUUUGCCUUUCGGGUUCGAUGAUUGUCGCGCUUUGACGUUCCCAGUGACAGCAGCAGCAUCAGCAGUUUGACUCAAUCGUUCGCCUUGGUUCCCUGUCACUUGCUGAAUCGCGCGUUUCUUGGCUGGUGGUCGGGACGGCGAGACUUCAUUUUUGAUCUGGCCUUUGCGCCGCUUGCAAGUCAUAGCA